CACUGGCACUUGUUCGAGAAGCCAUCAUUAUAAAACCGUUUGGAAAAGGGCAGGCACUUUCAAAAACGACGUGGCGGAUGACUGGUUUCACCAUCUGAAAGACUACACGUUGACCAUGUAUUUCCAACAGUACUGGAGGGACAAGCGUCUCGCCUACAUAGGAAUCCCCCUCAACUUGACCCUGGAUAACAGGGUUGCUGACCAGCUCUGGGUCCCCGACACCUACUUCCUCAACGACAAGAAGUCUUUCGUCCACGGAGUCACUGUCAAAAACCGAAUGAUCCGCCUGCACCCAGACGGGACCGUUCUCUACGGCCUCAGGAUAACUACAACAGCAGCAUGUAUGAUGGAUCUCAGAAGGUAUCCGCUGGACGAACAGAACUGCACUCUGGAGAUAGAGAGCUAUGGCUACACCACAGACGACAUCGAGUUCUACUGGAAAGGAGGCGAGUCGGCUGUAACCGGGGUGACGCGGAUCGAGUUGCCUCAGUUCUCCAUUGUCGAUUACAAGUUGGUGUCCAGAAACGUAGUCUUUUCCACAGGUGCCUACCCUCGACUGUCUCUAAGCUUCAAGCUAAAGAGGAACAUCGGCUACUUCAUCCUGCAGACGUACAUGCCAUCGAUCCUGAUUACCAUCCUCUCCUGGGUCUCCUUCUGGAUAAACUAUGACGCGUCAGCAGCCAGAGUGGCUCUAGGGAUCACCACGGUGCUGACAAUGACCACGAUCAACACCCACUUGAGGGAGACGCUGCCCAAGAUCCCGUACGUCAAGGCCAUCGACAUGUACCUGAUGGGCUGCUUCGUCAUGGUCUUCCUGGCCCUGCUGGAGUACGCCUUCGUCAACUACAUCUUCUUCGGGAGGGGCCCCCAGAUGCAAAAGAAGCUGGCGGAGAAGGCGGAGAAGGCCAACAAUGAGAGGGCAGCCAAAUACGACGCCGCGAGGGCGGAACCGCACGGCCACGGAAACAUCCUGCUGACCACCCUGGAGAUCCACAACGAGGUGGGGGGAGGCGAGAUCACUACCAGCUUGGCGGACAUCAGGAACUCUCAGUCCAUGGUGCAGCUGGACAGCACGGCCUCGUCGCACAUCCAGUACCGCAAGCAGAGCGGCGGGAUCGGCCCGCGCUCCACCAGCCGGCACUCCCUGGACCGGGCCGCCCAGAUGAAGCGCAGCCGCCUGCGGAGGCGGUCCUCGCAGCUCAAAAUCAAAAUCCCCGACCUGACGGAUGUGAACGCCAUCGACCGCUGGUCACGGAUCAUCUUCCCUUCGGUGUUCUCAAUGUUCAACCUCAUCUACUGGCUCUACUAUGUCUGA